UAAACACAGUAGUAAUUUGUCUGCUGCCUAAAGUGUUUCAUUUGUUUAAACCAAAUAGCACUGACCUUCGUGCAAUCACAUGCUCCUGACAGCAACACUUUCCCUGCUUCUGUUGUCCAGUAUAGCAGCAGUGUUUACAAAGGCCUUCCUUUUGAGUCAUGUCUGUUGUCCUCAUAAAACCUGUUUUGCAACCCCUCCCUUCAGCGUCGAUCCAUUCUCCAAGAAGGAUUGGUACGACGUCAAGGCACCAGCCAUGUUCAAUAUCCGCAACCUGGGCAAAACCUUAGUUACUAGGACACAAGGAACCAAGAUCGCCUCGGACGGCCUGAAGGGCCGUGUAUUCGAAGUCAGUCUGGCUGACUUGCAGAAUGACGAAGUGGCCUUCCGCAAGUUUAAGCUCAUCACCGAGGAUGUCCAGGGCAAGAACUGCCUGACCAACUUCCACGGAAUGGACCUGACCCGUGACAAGAUGUGCUCCAUGGUGAAAAAGUGGCAGACCAUGAUUGAAGCUCACAUUGAUGUCAAGACCACCGAUGGCUACCUGCUCCGCCUCUUCUGUGUUGGUUUCACAAAGAAGCGCACAAACCAGAUCAGGAAGACAUCGUAUGCACAGCACCAGCAGGUCCGUCAGAUCCGCAAAAAGAUGAUGGAGAUCAUGACCCGCGAGGUGCAGACUAAUGACCUGAAGGAAGUUGUAAAUAAGUUGAUCCCCGACAGUAUAGGCAAAGACAUUGAGAAGGCUUGUCAGUCCAUCUACCCCCUGCACGAUGUCUUUGUCAGGAAGGUGAAGAUGCUGAAGAAGCCCAAGUUUGAAUUGGGCAAGUUGAUGGAGCUCCAUGGAGAGGGUGGAGGAACCAGCAGCACCUCCAAGCCCAGUGGAGAUGACACUGGCACCAAGGUGGAGAGGGCCGAUGGCUAUGAACCACCCAUCCAGGAGACAGUCUGAACCUCAUCACCAGUGAAGUUCAGUUGUUUAAAGGGAAAAACCAAAUUCUUUGGAUCUAUGCUUAGUUUUCUACUGCAUGACUGUACUCUUUGAACAUUAUGUUGAACAAGUUUAGUUGCACAUUUGUCUAGCCCACUACCCAUAAAGGAACAGAUGAGGAACUCUAUGGUUCAAGACAUGUUCAUUCCAGCUUUUUCUCCAUCAAAUUUACCUACAUCCAGUAUUUAAAAUCUGAAACUGAUAUUGAAAUAGACUUGUAAGCUACAGCGUGUCAAUUUGAAGUCCUACUACGGACCCGUUUUUGUACCGAUAAGUGUCCUGAAUUUCAUCUGUAAAGUAUCCAGUUGUAUAAAUAGCUAAAGUUGCAUUUGACUUUCACUUUAGCUGUGAAAAAUGUAUAAAUAUGUGGAGUUUUUAGCAGUUUCUCUAUGGCUAAUAGAAAGUUAGUCUUAAUGCAUGAUUGUUUUGACAUUUAAAUUACAUCUGUUUACUAUAAUCUGUGGCAGGUCAGCCUCCUUCAGUGGAUGCAGUGGAAUGUGAUAGUCUUACACUCUGAGCAAUGCUCCUGCUUAUUUUAUUGCGUUUCCCAGCAGACCUGAUCCUUUGAAGCCACAGCCGACCGCUACACACCUGAUAGUGGACAGCAGUUCACCAACCCAUAAUGGAAAAACUUGAUAGUUUAUUAGAACUGUUCUGCUGACUCAUUUCUUUGGUUUAAUACAAAGCUUUUAACUACAGCGCUGAAGUCCUGUUUGAAAAUGAAGAAAAUUGUGUACUUUUAUCAACACUGCUACAAUAUCCUGUAUUGGAUACUUCACAUUACACAAAUGGAAAAACUGCUUAAUUCCUC